CGCUGAUUGGCUGAGCGCUGCGCUCCAAUCACUGAGCUGUAGUGAUUCUUCUCACACGGAGCGCUGCGGGUGGACUGAGUGCGGUUCAGUCAAAUGUCAAACAGAGAAAACACGAACAGCGUUCACUUCUGCAGACCGGAUUUACUCCGCAGAGAGACAUGAUCGGAGUGAAAUGAUUGAAACUUUAGGGAGAUAAAAGGACUGAUUUUCUUGAAGCCUGAGGAUGAGGAUGAGUGGCUCCAUGAGGAAGGUGCAGGUGGUGCUGUGCGUUCUGCUGCCGUGCGCUCUUCAACUGUGUGGCGCGGAGACACAAGGAGCGGUUGUUUGCUCCGGCACCCAGAACGUUCUCAGCACGACCGGAAAUUCAGAGAUCCAGUACAACCUGAUGAAGAAGAUGUACACCGGCUGCAACAUUGUGAUGGGAAACCUGGAGAUCUCCAUGAUGGAGCACACCAGAGACUUCAGCUUCCUGCAGUCCAUUAAGGAGGUGACGGGCUACAUCUUGUUUGCCGUCAAUGAGUUCAGUCGCCUCCCUCUUGACAAGCUGCGUGUCAUCCGAGGCACCACGCUCUACGAGGACAAGUACGCCUUGGCUGUGAUGGUCAACUACCAGAAAGAUGGGCAGCACGGCCUCCAGGAGCUGGGCCUGACACACCUUACAGAGAUACUGGAGGGAGGAGUGAAGAUCAUCCAGAACAAGUACCUGAGCUACGCCCCGCAGGUGAACUGGCAGGACAUAGUGAAGGAUGAAAAAGCGGACAUCAUGAUUGAGGACAACGGGCCGAUAAUGCCUUGUGACAAAGCAUGUGGAGACUUGCCAUGUUGGGGUCCAGGAAAUGACACCUGUCAGAUCUUGACAAAGACUGUGUGCGCCCCUCAGUGUAACGGCCGAUGCUUUGGUACAAAACCGAGCGACUGCUGCCACAGUGAGUGUGCUGGAGGCUGCACCAGACCCCUGGAUACAGACUGCUUUGCUUGCAGGAACUUCAACAACUCGGGCUCCUGUGUCCCUCAGUGUCCCCAGACUCUGAUCUACAACAAACAUGCCUUCAAAAUGGAGCCCAACCCCAAUGCAAAGUACCAGUACGGUUCUCUUUGUGUGGCCCAGUGUCCCACAAACUUUGUGGUGGAUGGCAGCUCAUGUGUGAGCAGCUGCCCGUCUGAUAAAAUGGAAGUGGAGAAAAACGGAGUGAAAAGAUGUGAGCCCUGUGGAGGCCUCUGUCCCAAAGCUUGUCACGGCACAGGAAGUCCAGACAGACAAACCGUCGAUGCUCGUAACAUAGACAGUUUCAUAAACUGCACCAAGAUCCAGGGCAGUCUUCAUUUCCUGGUGACUGGGAUAGAAGGCGAUGAAUACCACGGCAUACCACCUCUUGACCCAGAAAAACUGAAAAUCUUCAGUACUGUGCGGGAAAUCACAGACUACCUCAGUAUCCAGUCGUGGCCUGAAAGCAUGACGGACCUGUCAGUCUUCUCCAACCUCCAAACAAUUCAAGGCAGAACAGUUUCCAAAGGAGUGAGCUCUAGAAGGGGCUACGCUCUUCUAGUGAUGAAGACCAAAUCUCUGGAGUCUCUGGGUUUGCGUUCGCUACGAAAGAUAAACGGCGGCGGCGUCUACAUCACAGGAAACAAGAAGCUCUGCUACCAUAACACUGUCAACUGGACGCAAAUCCUAAGCAGCAGCUCCCGUCCGCAGAAACGCCAGAAGAACAUCGAUGUGAAGGAGAACCGACCUUUAAACGAGUGCGUGAAUGACAACCACGUGUGCGACCCCCUGUGCUCCUCUGAUGGCUGCUGGGGUCCCGGACCAGGCCAGUGUGUCUCCUGUAGUAAAUACAGCAGGGGAGGAACAUGUGUGCCAGACUGCAUGUUCUUAUCUGGGGAGAAGAGGGAGUUUGCUACUCCAUCAGGGGAGUGUAUGCCCUGUCACCCUGAGUGUAAAGUCCAGGAGGGGAAGCAGACUUGCACAGGCCCGGGAGCGGAUCAGUGUGUAGCAUGUGCCAGCCUGCAGGACGGUCCACACUGUGUGUCCUCAUGUCCUGAAGGUGUGGUGGGUGAAGGGGAAGUCAUCUUCAAAUACCCCAACAACCAGGGCCAAUGUGAACCAUGCCAUGUCAACUGCACUAAAGGGUGCUCCGGUCCAAGACUCAGGGACUGUGUGGAGUCUUCACGGUUCAUUAGUGGACAAGAGACCACCGCCAUCGUUCUUGGAGUGAUCGCCCUCAUUUUUCUAUCAUUCUCCAUUUUCGUGCUGACUGUUCUGUACCGACGAGGUCUUGCCAUCCGUCGCAAGAGAGCAAUGAGGAGAUACAUGGAGAGUGGGGGUUUUGAGCCUAUGGAAGAAAAAGGGUCUAAAGUCCACGCUCGGAUUCUGAAGCCCUCAGAGCUGCGUAAGGUCAAGCUGCUGGGUAAUGGAGUGUUUGGAUCUGUCUAUAAGGGUUACUGGAUUCCUGAAGGAGAUACAGUGAAGCUUCCUGUGGCCAUAAAGACGAUUCAUGAUCGCAGUGGUCGACAGACCUUCUGUGAGCUGACAGAUCACAUGUUGGCAUUGGGAAGCCUGAACCACAUUAACAUCCUCAGGACCCAGGGCAUCUGUACUGGUGACAGCCUGCAGCUCGUCACUCAGCUCUGCAGUCAGGGCACCCUGCUGGAGUAUGUCAGGAAGUACAAAAACAAGCUUGGCCCGCAGAGGAUGCUCAACUGGUGUGUUCAGAUCGCAAAGGGUAUGAAUUACCUGGAGGAGAACAGGAUCGUCCACAGGAACUUGGCUGCCAGAAAUGUGUUUCUGAAGAAUAAUUUCACCGUCCAGAUUUCAGACUACGGCAUUGCGGACCUGCUCUACCCUGAUGACAAGAAGUACUUUUAUAAUGAGGUCAAGACGCCAAUCAAGUGGAUGGCCCUGGAGAGCAUCUUGUUUCGCAGAUACACACAUCAGAGCGAUGUGUGGAGUUAUGGUGUGACCAUAUGGGAAAUGAUGUCUUAUGGGGCCGAGCCAUAUGCAGCAAUGCGUUCUCAGGAAGUUCCUGACCUGCUGGAAAAGGGCGAGCGUCUAUCACAGCCACAGAUUUGCACCAUUGAUGUCUACAUGGUCAUGGUCAAGUGCUGGAUGAUCGAUGAGAAUGUCCGUCCAACAUUCAAGGAGCUGGCCAGUGAAUUUGCCAGAAUGGCCCGAGAUCCACCUCGCUACCUGGUGAUCAAAGAGGAAUGUAGCCAACAGGACACAGGUCCAGAUGAACUUAUCCAGAGGAGUACAGACCUUGAUGACCUGGAUGAUCUGGAUAUAGAGCUGGAGGACCUGGGGGCAGAGGCGGUGGUGGACGGUGUGACUCCAGUCCCACAGUAUCUGUCCAGGAGUCUUAGUCGCCUCUCCAGGAUGGACACCCACAGAGUGGUUCUUAAUCCAUCAACAGUGGCUGGAUACCUGCCUAUGACUCCAGGUGUUGACAACCAAGGACAGGCUACGUGGCAGUCACGCUCUCGACUAAACUCUGCCCGCACUAUGUCUGAGAGCUCAGAGGGCUGCGGCACAGGAGUGGAGCUGGAGAUGAGUGAGGACUUCUCUCUGGCAGGCAGCCUGAAAAGAAGACGUCAGCGUGAGGACAGCGCUUAUGUGUCUCAGAGGGACAGUAUGUCUGGCGGCCAGUCGGACACUCCAUCCCCAGAGAUGGAGGAAGAAGAUCAAAACGGAUAUGUGCUUCCUGGAAACAGCCCAGAGAGAGAUACUCUGCUUUACUCAUCUCGAGCCACUUCUGGCCGGAUGGGCAAGUCUCAGUCAUCAGGCCUCCUGGAUGACCCAGACGAUGAAGAAUACGAGUACAUGAACAAGCAGACGUGCGUAACACCUGUCUCACCCAGGCACAGCAGCCAGUGGGGGAAGCAGAACAAAAAACGGACCUCUUCUGUAUCAUCGCAAGCGACCGCCUGCUCCUGUGACACCACGUUGUCCAUGGAGGUGAGAGGCGCUCACAUGAAGAACAAAGACAACUCUGACUCCGAGCGGCAAGGAUCCAAUGAAGUUCAAUAUGAAUACAUGGAUAUCAGAGGGAGCGAAAAAGAAGAAAGCCCUCCAACCCAUGACCCUCCACCUCCUCCAGCAUCAGUUAGGAUGAGAGGGAAGGAAGAGGAGAAGGAAGAGGAGUAUGUGGAGGACAGUAACUAUCACUACACAAACAGACAACCGAAGCUGCGACAAGCGCUUCGAGAUGGGAAGGAGCUGAAGAUGCAGGAGAGAGAUGGGGGCGAGGCGUAUGAAUACGAGGACAUGGACUACUUUGCUGCCCCGCCGCCUGUAGAUGCAGCAGUGUACCAGAAUGUGCAGAGGCAGCCAGAGGGCGCAGCGGGGGGCAACGAGGCACAUCAGUCUGGGUUUGACCCUCAUGUAAAAGUGCGAGCUGGAGUUGGCGUCGGAGAACCCGCUGCUGCUGACAGAUCUUUUGACAACCCAGGCUACUGGCACAGCAGGAUGUUCCUGAAGCCCAAAGCAGUGCCUACAUGAAGAACAUUUAUAAUCUCACGAGCUUUCCUCUGAGACACAGUCAUGAAGGACCUGAAAUAAGAAAUGCAAUCAAAAGCCGCGAUCAUAAUGUAGUCUGUGACAAAAUUUGAAAAACUCGAUGUGUGUGACUUGUUUGCACCUUUGUCGUUUCUUAUAGGCUGACAUUAUGCAUGUGUUUUAGGCUUAUGGGGCGUUUUUGUAAUCAGGAGCACUGAAUGUUGAAAACACUACAAAAAAAGAACAGAUUACAAGCUAUAUUUUUCUGUUUACAAUUAAUGAACAAAAUUUUUUUUGAGAACAAUUGCAUUUGUUGUAGAUUUAUAACUAUGUUUUGAAACCUCUUUUUUUCUGAUGCAGUAUGACACAUUUUCUACUCAAUAAAAAUAUUUUGAAUAUCUA